AUGUUGGAAGGUCUUACUGAUCUUGGUGGAACAGACAGCUUUGCUGGCAACUCAUCAUCUGGUGUAACUGGAGACAGUAAAGAUCCUGCUGAUAAUAGUUACAGGCAGGCAUAUAAUCAAAGUAGUGUGGCACAAGAAGGUUCAAUACAAAAACUGGCGUCCUUUGGUAGUAGUAGUGGAGGUGGUCUAGCCAGUAGCUCACAACCAGUGCCUAAUUCUGGUGCUGGACCACCAGCGCCAGAUUAUCAUGACUAUGGUGGUUACCCGCCAAGGCCGCGUCUACCACAACCACCUCAUGGUCCUCUCCAUCCACCACACCAUGUGCAUCCAUCACAUUCUUACCCAGGCUACCAUCCAGGCCCAGAUCCCAUGUAUACUAUGCCUGAUCAAGCAGGGAUUGGAGAAAUGGGAGUGUGGUCUGGUGCACCUGGGGCUAAUAGAUAUUCACCUAUAACCCCUGGUUACAGACAUUCAUAUGAUCAUCAACAAAAAAUGCAUCAAUAUCCUCCACAGCAGGGGUCCAGCCUAGGCUUACAAGCACAAAAUGGAGCAUACAUACCAAGGCAGCCACAUUUCCCACAACCACCAUCUCAACAACUGUAUGGCCAACAACAGAACUAUCCAAAUUACACACAAAUGCAUCCACCAAGUGCAACUCGAAUUGGCCAACAUCCCACAUACCAUCAACAAAUGGAUGGGCACCCCCAAUGCAUCAUGUGCCUCGUCAAGCUCCAGUACCACCAUCUACUGUUGGUCCAUCACAUGGUGUUCCAUCACAAAUGCCCUACGCAUCACCUCAUCAUUCUGUUCCCA